AUAUGAUCAUUGGAUUCACUGAGAGAAUUCGGACUGUAUCAGAAGGUGAAAUACCUGGGGUAGACUCGUUCCUGCUUGAAAUAAAUGUAACCAGUGCAAUAACUACUGAGAAGGACCGUCCAAUGGUAUUCCGACUUCUAGAAUCCAUAUCAAAUGCCACAGUUGAGACACUAAUACCAUCUAGUCCAGUCUUUGAUGCCACAUUUGGUCACAGAGAAAACCCCGAUGACCCAAUUGAGGAGUUCAGGGACCUAGCACCAGGAUUGCAGACAGUGCUACCUCCACUGCUAACAGCUAUUAGAAAUGACUUGAUUCCUGAAGACCUAGAAUGUUUUACUAUACAUAUUACCCCUGUUGAUGUCAUUGGUGACCACGUGCUGUUUGGGUGCAAUUAUGAUUAUGAUGGAGUAGUUGCAGACAAUUAUUUCUGUGAACACACCAUCUGCAUAGAAGAUGAUGAUGAGCCAUUCGUUGUGGCAUUUGUGGAGACAAUAUACACUGUUGAUGAGAGUGUGGGUGCUGUGAGUGUGUGUGUCAAUCUCACUCAACCUGAGCUUGACAUUGUUGACGAGACUGUCAAUGUGUUUGUCAUUGAUGACUCCAGUUCAGUUUACAUCCCAGCUGGUGCUCCACUGGCAACCCCUGAUCCUCCUGACUUUCUCAGUCGGUAUCACAUGAUCGAAGGCUCAGACUAUACUCAGCAAACUCUGUUUACAAUGCCAUUGAUGAUAGCUCGAUAAGUGAAGAACAGAGGAUAGUGUGUUAUAAUCAGACCAUUUUUAAUGACCAGCGUGUGGAGUUGGAUGAAUAUGCAGGUCUCACCCUUGGAGUUAGACCUGCCACAAUUCGAACAGAGGUCGAGCCAAUGAGGGCUGAUGCCUCGAUCCUAAUCCUGGACAAUGACAGAGCACUAGUUGGCCUAGAAAACACAUCAUACACAGUUUUAGAAGAUGCUGGUGCAGUUGAAAUAUGUGCUGUUAUUUCAUUCCCUGAAAUAACAUGUCCUGUUUCAUACCAUUUUGAGGUUGUGAUUCGGACCAUUUCCGGAACUGCAGUUGAUACCAUAGAUUAUACAGCAGUUAAUGCCUCGUUCUCCUUUGAAGCCUGUCAGACUAAAAGUUGUGUCAACGUGACCAUAACAGACGACAAUGUGAAUGAGGUGGUGGAAUUUUUUUUUACUCUGGCAAGAACAGCUGGUCUGAAUGCCAGAAUCGAUUUGUACCCAGAAAAUGGAAGGGUAUGUAUAGUGGACAAUGAACAUCAGAUGACUGGUCUCAUGUGCAGUUCUAGUGGAAAUUCCGAAGUAACAAUUGAAUGCAGUGGCAUGGAAACGCAAGUUCCCCUGCAGUGUUCCUUUGAUGCUGGGCCAUUACACCAGUGUACUGUACCAAUGAUACUUACUGGCAGUGUCAGUCCUCCUGGUAACCAUUCUGUGAGGAUUGUGGCCAGUACAGGAGGAGAGAGCACCGUACCAUAUUACAUCACUGAUGAAGCAAUGAGUAACGUUGCAGCAAAAGUUCCUCCGUUGGAGGUCAUUCUAAGCAGUGGAUCUCCUCGUGUGACUGAGAGCUCUAUUGAAGUUGAGUUUGACACCACAAGACCAGUGACAAGAGUGACAUGUUUCCUCAGAUAUGACAACAAGAGUGACUACCAGGACUGCACUGCUGGAAGUGUCACUUUUUCUGAUCUGAAGUCUGGACGCUAUGUUCUCAAGAUCUAUGCCCGCAACAAGCAAACUGACUUUGCAACCACUAAAAUGGUAGUUAUGGUUUGAACAAGAAAUGUAGAAUUUGAAUGAUAAUUAUAAUGAAG